CUGAGCUCUGUCGCAUUCUGCCCGACUUCCGCCUCCAGAAUUUCCUUUGCUUCUCGUGAUCCCGCGUAUUAGGCACCAUGGCUCGCACGAAGCAGACUGCUCGGAAGUCGACCGGAGGGAAGGCCCCACGCAAGCAAUUGGCGACCAAGGCCGCGCGCAAGUCCGCCCCUGCAACCGGAGGAGUGAAGAAGCCCCACCGAUACAGGCCCGGGACUGUCGCGCUUCGGGAGAUUAGGAAGUACCAGAAGUCCACUGAGCUGUUGAUCCGGAAGCUGCCCUUCCAAAGGCUUGUGAGGGAGAUUGCGCAGGAUUUUAAAACGGAUUUGCGUUUCCAGAGCAGUGCGGUUUUGGCUCUGCAAGAAGCCGCCGAGGCUUAUUUGGUUGGGCUGUUCGAGGACACUAACUUGUGUGCGAUCCACGCGAAGCGCGUGACCAUCAUGCCCAAAGACAUCCAGCUUGCCAGGCGCAUUCGUGGCGAGCGAGCUUGAGAAGGUCGAUGAAGAGCCAAGAAUCGGGACUUCCAGGGUUGACGUCAAUGCCAGGUCGUUGAGGAUGAUCGACUGUUCUCCAACCCCGACGUGUACAUAUAUACGAACACAUCAUCUACCACUGUUCCAGCCAAUCAGGCCAUCUGCGAAUACCAAAAUAGCUGUCACCAACCUGACACAUACCGUGGGGUCAGAAGUGUACCCGGGAUCGAACAGCUACAUGUCUAUUUGAUGCUCAGUCUGGUUGCUGGCUGUGAAGAAGACGAUACGGUGUCUGUGAUUUAGUGUAUCACUCACCGAAUUUAAAUCUUCGAUAUACAGAAUCAAGGUUGCAGAGUUAUGCAGAGCAGGAUUCAUAUCUGUUGCUCUGUACUGAAUAGGUUUCUCUUAAAUUUAAAACUUUUCUCCACAAGUGUAUUCGCACCUCUUCGUCAUCUGCUAGUUCGUAGUGAUUUGCUGCAAACUACUUGUGGUUCGAAAUGUAUGAGUUGUGAAGAAAGACCUGGCAGUACUGAACUAGAACAUAAAAUUCUGCUCCUCAUUCACAAUUAAAGUUGUAGAUUGCCUGCAGGCAUUGGUUG